GCAUAUCGACAGAGCCUUUGUAAGUGUGGAUAAGAACAGUGGACGCAGGGAGGGCCAGGCAGGAUACAGUGCCAGUGCCGCAAGGGAGCGUCGCCACUCUGGCAGUCUAGUGACCAAGGCUGGGCAGGCGAGGCUACACCAUCAAGUCACUACAGCCUCUUCUGCGUCAGUACUCCUUCGCUAUGAUGAUGAGGGGAUGGAAAUGAAAUUAUCACCAUCUACUGAAGAGGUCAACUUUAGUGAUGAUGAAAACUUGGACGCGUUACCAUCGUCGGGAGAACCUUUCUGGAAUUUCGCAGUAGAUAUGAACCCUCAGGGGGAAGAUUCUUCUGCCACUGUAAGCAACACCAACCAGAACUCUGACAAGUACCUUAGUAACCCCAUGACACUCAAAUCAUCAACACCUACACCAUCUCCUCCACAGACACUUACAACAUCUCAAUCACCCACAUUGAAAACAUCGUCAGCAACAUCGACACAGACGCCCGACCUGUCCACCAUCUUCAAGGAGGGGGCCUUGUACUACGACAUCACGCAAGCGAAGACGACGGAGCUGGUUAUCGGUAGUAACGACGAAGGGGUGACGGGACUCACUGCGACGAAGGGUGGACACUGCCUCGUCCAGACCCUCGUCGUAAACAAGGGUUACCACCUAGACCAAGACAUCAUCCGUACCUGCAGACUGAAGAAGCUCGUAUUGAAAGGAAAAUCGUGGUUAUGCACCAUGGACCUGAGUUGGCUGAUGCUGUUUGGUAAGGAGAUGGAGCUGGAUUAUAGCAAGGCGAUAUGUGAGGACGUAUGGUGUGAGAUUGAAGGAGAUCUGUACAAUAACUACAAGUUGUGUAAAUUUGAAGAGGGACUCCAUUUGGUGAAGCAAUAUAUAGGUAUGGAGGAAUACCUGCAGGUGUGUAGUCAGAGCUUGUGGUUCAAAAAAGGAGGAGAGAUUACCAAGAAGGUCGUGAAGUGUAACGAUGCCAACCUGACAGACACCACUUUAGUCGAGCUGCCCAAGAACAUCACCAGUCUUUCCUUAGAGAAUAACAAGCUGAGGUUGAUAGACAAGUUACUUGACCUCCUGGAGGACCAGAACAAUCUCAACGUUCUCUACCUCUCGGGGAAUGACUUCGACAGCAUCCCUUACCUGGAGGAUAGCAGGUUUCCCAUGCUCCAACAGAUCUUCCUUCAGAAUAACAAAAUAGAAGAGCUGAACAUAGACGCCUUCACGAUUUUGCUGAAAAGGAAGAAAGUCGCCCUCGAGCUGAAGGGAAACCCCCUGCGCUGUGGCUGCAAAAUGCAUCAGUUAUUCGACAUCUUCCUAUCCUUCUAUGCACCUGAGACCUUCCCGGACCUAAAGGAUACAGUUUGCAUAAAUGAAACCAAUAACGAGAAAAUACCAUUGAAGUACCUGAAGUACUUUUCUGAUGAGAAGUGUUUCCAGGGGCCAAAAUUCACCUUCGAUUAUUGGUCCUUCAUCAUCACUGUGCUUAGCAUCCUCAACUUCAUCAUGAUUGUUUUCAUCGUAGACCUCAGUCUCAUCCUCUGUAACUUCAGGGGGAUUAAGGGCUCUCAGAGACCGAAACUAGAUUACGUAGUGUGUUGCGGCAAAAUGAUGCUACACUAUUUGAAGGUUCCAUUCCUCCUCCUCUGCCACAACGGAGAGCAGCAGGAGAAGGAGGUGAAGGACGAGGACAUGAGGGAAAUGGAGGCCGCCGCCUUCUGGAACCACAAUCGAAGUCUUAUGGCCAGGAGAAGAACCCCGAGGCCAGACACGGACUAAACAAGAAAGGGAGAGAGAGAAGUUAAAAAAAACAUAAGAAAGAGAAUCUCAUCGUCAAUUAUCACACACCCAACCUUAGACACACACACCGUCCUGACGGGAGAAUAAGUCACCGGUCUACUCUCCACCAUCUACAUGUUACACACUAUCUGCCAGGCGACCGUCAAGUGUAUGUGCCAAAUAUAAUUUAUACCUGAUAAGAAGAACUAAUAAAAGCUACAGUGAUCAUUACAGUAAUUGUAUUGUACCUGUAUCUGUACUUACAGUGUACACCUGUACAUAUAUUCCUGUAUCUGAGCCUGUAUUUUUACCUGUAUACGUACCUGUAUCUGUGAUUGUAUUAGUGCUUGUAAAUGUACCUGUACGAUACCUGUGAAUCUGUACUUGUAUCUUUACCUCUACCUGUUGUUUCUGUUGCUUCUGAAUAAAUUAUUUGAUUAAU